AUGGAGGAUCCCAAGAAGUUAGAAGAAGGAUUUGGCAAUCAAAAGAAUAAUAUUAGUGAAGAAAAUAUUGAUACAAAUAGAAUUGAUAAUAAUCAAGAUUUGGCUAGCCAUGAAAAUGAGCUAAAAACAUUGAGCCAACCAUUGCAAAAAGAGGAAGAAGAACAACCAACUAUUAAGAAGGGUAAAAGGGUUGCAACAUUGGAUGCAUUUAGAGGUCUCACUAUAGUGUUGAUGAUAUUGGUAGAUGAUGCUGGAGGAGCAUAUGCACGUAUUGAUCAUUCACCAUGGAAUGGUUGCACAUUGGCUGAUUUUGUAAUGCCAUUUUUUCUCUUCAUUGUAGGGGUUGCAAUUGCUCUUGCCUUGAAGAGAGUUCCCAAGGUUAGUGCUGCAAUUAGAAAAGUAACACUAAGGACAUUGAAGCUUCUCUUUUGGGGAAUAAUUCUACAAGGAGGAUACUCACAUGCACCAUAUGAUCUAGCUUAUGGAGUGGACAUGAAAGUAAUAAGAUGGUGUGGUAUUCUACAGAGAAUAGCCUUGGUGUACUUGAUAGUGGCUUUAAUAGAGAUCUUAACUACCAAGCUGAGGCCAACAACUUUAACCCCUGGCCAUUUCUCAAUUUUCACUGCCUAUAAAUGGCAAUGGCUUGGAGGAUUCGUUGCAUUCGUUGUUUACAUGACAACAUUAUAUGGUCUUUAUGUUCCUGACUGGAAUUUUCAGGUAAAAUGUGGUAUGAGGGGGCAUUUAGGACCUGCCUGCAAUGCAGUAGGUUAUGUUGAUCGACAAGUUUGGGGUAUCAAUCAUCUGUACAAUCAACCUGUUUGGGCACGUUCCAAGGCAUGUACAUUGAGUUAUCCAGAAACAGGUCCAUUUCGCGAUGAUGCUCCUACUUGGUGUCGCGCUCCAUUUGAACCUGAAGGUUUGCUAAGUUCAAUUUCAGCUAUCAUGUCUGGAACAAUUGGCAUACAUUAUGGACAUGUCUUGAUUCAUUUUAAGGGUCAUGGUGAGAGGCUAAAACAAUGGAUCUCAAUGGGGUUUGGUUUACUUAUCAUAGCCUUUAUUCUACAUUUUUCAGACGCAAUUCCUCUAAACAAACAACUAUAUAGUUUUAGCUAUGUUUGUUUCACUGCUGGUGCUGCUGGAAUUGUAUUUUCUGGAUUCUAUAUACUGAUUGAUGUUUUGGGAAUGAGAAUCCCAUUUUUGUGGUUGGAAUGGAUUGGAAUGAAUGCAAUGUUGAUAUUUGUAAUGGGAGCACAAGGCAUCUUUGCUGGAUUUAUAAAUGGAUGGUAUUUCAAAAAUGAAGACAACAACCUUGUAAAUUGGAUUCAACAUCAUGUAUUCUUUGAUGUGUGGAAAUCACAAAGAUUGGGAACUUUAUUGUAUGUGAUAUUUGCUGAAAUUACAUUCUGGGCAGUUCUUGCUGGGAUCUUGCAUAGACUUGGUAUCUAUUGGAAACUAUAA